AUGAGCAAAGACGGCGUGAGAUACCAAAGCAGACAACUACGCGAGACAGCUGAGGUUGACGAAGAUCAGCUAUUUCUGCUUUCAUUGUUGAGCACCUUAAAAAAUCUACCUCUUCAAAUUAAAAAGGCUACCAAAAUAAAGAUAUUAACUUUGUUGAACGACGCGUCAGGUUUUUCUGGUAACAGGACAUUUGAUUAUGCUGAUCGUACUUAA